AUGCCGUAUACAGUAUUCAAAGGCGCGGACCCGAUCCAACUUUGCCACCUCGUAACCCGUCCUGCCCAUUCGAUCAUCAACCAAGCCUUUGAUUCUCGUCUUCGUCUCGACGCCACCCGGGCAGUCAACGGCGACGGCUUCGGUGUUGGAUGGUACGACCCUUUCCCCGACCCCGAACUCGGCACUGCCCCUUGCAUCUUCACUUCCGUCACUCCCGCUUGGAACAAUCAAAACCUCCAACGGCUCGCUGACAAGAUCAAAUCGCCGCUAGUGUUUGCUCAUGUUCGAGCCUCCACCGCUGGUGCGCUAUCCGAGACCAACUGUCAUCCCUGGCGAUACGGCAGGUUGAUGUGGAUGCAUAAUGGCCAGAUCUCCGACUUCUCCAAGAUCAAGAGGAAGGUGCUUGCCUCCCUACCCGAACCUCUAUUCCUCUUCCCACAAGGACACACUGACUCGGAAUUCGCAUUCGCCGUCUUCCUCUCUCACCUUUCCAACCCGCUCCAGACCGAGCCCUUCUCAUAUCAAGAGCUGCGAGAUGCAAUGCUAUCCACCAUCUCCGACUUCAACACUUGGGCCCGCGAGGCAGGAAUAACCGAGCCUUCACUUAUGAACUUCUGUGCCACGGACGGCGAAUGCAUCAUUUGCACCCGCUACGUUUCCAGUAAACACGACCAAGCUGCGUCGCUCUACUUCUCCUCCGGGACGAGCUUUUACGAACACAGUCCGGGAACGUAUAGGAUGGUAAAGAUGGACAAGAGAGAGAAGAUCAUUGUCGUCGCAAGCGAACCUUUGACGUUUGAAAAGGCAGAUUGGAUGGAGAUUCCAUCGAAUACACUCGUCUGUAUAACGCCCAAGAUGAAUGUUCUGCAGUUGCCCAUAAGGGAUGAAUACUGGUUGGGCAGGGAAGAGGAGGUGGCGGGUGGUGGCAAGGGGAGGAGUCCAACUUUUGCGAUCAAGACUGGCUAUCCACCUAGUGUGGGUGCGGUUGGCAUGGAUGAGCGGUUGGGUAGAGGUCUCACCGCGGUACCUUAA